AUGUCUUUGCCUGAAUCACAAUCUUGGAAAAAAAUUCGUUUAAAUUCCGGAAAGGCUGUCAAUGUAGCAUCGAAAGAUGCUGGGCAAAUAGAUAAAGUAACGAUUGAUAAAGAUGAACAAAUAGAUUCUAAUGAAAAUGUGGAAUUAAAUGAACAAGUGAUCUCAAACUGGAAGAUUAAUGAGCAGGAUGUGGGUUUGACUGAAUAUGUUGAUCCAUCCAUUCCUGGAUUUUCAGCAAUUAUUAAGCAGCGAUAUUCAGAUUUCUUAGUUUAUGAAAUUGAUCAAGAUGGAAAUAUUGUACACAUUACUAAUACUGAUAUACCAAAGGACACCAAUGCUGAUAAACAAUCUCUUAAGACAUCUAACAAUGACAUAACGGUUAUUCCAACUGACCAAAUAUUUCUUGAAAUGAAAUCAUUACUUGAUGAUGAAAUUACCGAGAAGGUUAAAACAUUAUUGAAUACAGAAGAACGAGAUCCCCCAUUUGUUGAUACGAAACCGGAAAAAGACAAAGAUAAACGAACAAUAAUUCAUCAAUUUUUCAAGAAACAUUUCGGUGAUAAAUUAAAUACCGAAACUAAAGAGGACCGUAGAAACAAAAAACAUGAACUUGACCAAUGGGAGGCGCUAGGUGGUCCCUUUUGCCGUUUUGUCCUAUAUAAGGAGAACCGCGAUACUAUGGAAGCGAUUAACUUAUUAUGCAAGAGAAUGAAAGUUCAUUCUCGUGUAUUUUCGUAUGCAGGAACAAAAGAUCGUCGCGCUAUUACGGUGCAAAAGGUCACUGCCUCUAUGAUCAAGGCCGAAAGACUUUUAGGAUUAAACGCUCGCCUUCACGAUAUGAAGUUAGGAAAUUUUGAGUAUGUUAAGGAAGGAUUAAAACUUGGUGACCUAAAAGGUAAUCAUUUUGUCAUUACACUAAGAAAUGUACAGGUUGAAUCUGAAGAGAUCAUCGACAAGGCCAUGAAUGUUCUAAAAGAACGUGGAUUCAUAAAUUAUUUUGGGAUGCAACGAUUUGGAACUUCUUCGGUUUCAACUUACGAAAUCGGUCGCGCCUUAUUACAGAAUAAUUGGGAACAUGCCGUUGACUUGAUAUUAAACCCGCGGGCUGGAGAUAGUAAAGAUCAGCAACAAGCUAGACAACAUUGGGCAGAAAAUCAUGAUGCUAAAAAAGCAUUGGAAUUAUUUCCAAAAAGAUGUGUUGCUGAAUGUCAUAUUCUUUCUUCGUUCGUAAAAGCUGGUCAUAAUAAAGAUUGUGCAGGUGCACUCGUUACUAUGCCAAGAAAUCUUCGCCUUAUGUAUGUGCAUGCAUAUCAAUCGUAUGUCUGGAAUAAAAUGGUAUCAGAGAGAUUGCGUAUCUUUGGUUGCGAAAGACCAGCAAUUGGAGAUUUGGUCAUUCUUGAUGAAGAAUUAGAGGAUGAUAUUGUUGACAGUGACGUCAUAAUUAAUUCUGAGGAUAAAAAGGAGAUUAAAGUAAAAAUCUUAAAAGAAGAAGAUGUACCAAAUUACACAAUUUAUGAUGUUGUAUUGCCCUUACCUGGACAUUUAGUUGUAUACCCAAAUAAUAAUAUAUUUGAAAAAUAUAAAGAAUUAAUGUGGAAGGAUCAUUUGGAUCCCCGUGAAAUGAAAAGAAGCAUAAAAGAUUUUUCAUUAUCUGGAACUUAUCGCAGAAUAAUGGGAAAGCCCAUUGACGUGUCCUGGAAAACUCUCAGAUACAAUGAUCCAAAUAUACCUUUAUCAUUAAAUGAUCUAGAUAUUAUUAACGGAAAAACGGAAUCUGAAAAUGUUGCAGAUGGUAAAUUAUUAGCACUAAGAAUUCACAUUUCUUUAUCAACUAGUCAAUAUGCAACAAUGGCUCUUAGAGAAUUAUUAAAAACAA